AUGGCUGCAGCGCUCGAGUCCAGAGUCGCGGAGCUCGAGGCGGAGCUCAGGAAGACCCUGGGGGCGCACGAGGCGGCGGCCCGGAAGGCCGUGGCCCUGGCGGGCACGGACGCGACGGGGGAGGCAGACGACAAGCUGAGGGGCGACCUGGUCGGGCGGCCGGCCCUCGAAGCGGCGAUCCUCGCGGCGGGUCUGGCCGCGGAGCGGGGUGUCGCGAUCGUUCCCUGCGUGCCGACGCUGGGCAAGCAACGGCGCCACGCGGCGGCGCACGUCGUCAGCGCCGCCGUCACGGUGAUCCAGAAGGCUGGCAAGGCGAAGCUCAACGCCAUCCAGCGAGGCGCUAGGCAUCGCCUGCAGAGGUCUGCUCGGCUGGGCCGAUGUGGAGGUCAGCCUCGGCACGCUCGUGAGCUGAGGUACGCAACGGCGCCGGCCUUCCUCUUCGCCGCCCUGCUGGAGCUGGUCUUCAUCCUGGAGGGCGUCUCGUCCAACGCCGCCGACUCCGCCGCACUCGGCGCGCAGGAGGUGGUGGACGCGACCCUCGUUCUCGAGGAUGGCGUCGGCUCUGCGCCCAGCGCCCGCCGCGCGCUGCCCCUCGGCGGGUCAGUCGGCGAGCUGGCGCCAGAGCCAGGCGCGGCCCUCGACGGCCCUGGCACGGUGGUCGGGGACGUCGACGGCGGCGGGGUCGGCGAGGCGCUGGAAGAGGUGGAGGAGCCCCAGAUUGAGACCGCUGCCACCGUGGAAGCGGCGGCGCUGGAGGCCGACGCGCAUUGCCACGCGCUGGAGUCGGAGGAGAUCGACGACGGCGUGGGCGACGCGAAGGGCGUCGAGGUGCUGGAGCGCCCCCUGCGGGGCUGGCCCCAAGACGGCCUCGGCGAGGCCGCCCCCGACGACGCGUUCGACGAGCGCGCGGUCGUCGGCGGGAGGCGCCGCCUCGCGAUGCUGCAGAGGCACAUGCGCCAGACCCGGGCCAUCGCCGACCGCGAGCAGUUCGAGGCGCAGGUCGCCCACGUGGCCCAGGAGCUGGAGCAAGCGAAGGCGGCCAAGCGGGCUCGCCUCGCCGCGAAGGCCAGGCUGGCCAGGUCGGCGACACGCGGAAGGUGA